AUGGCGCCAGUUUUGCAGAGCUCACAACCCUGGGUUGAAAAAUAUCGGCCAAAGCAAGUGAAAGACGUAGCCUACCAGGAUGAAGUGGUGCGGGUUCUCACGAACACCCUCGAGACUUCAAGUUGCCCACACAUGCUCUUUUAUGGACCUCCUGGAACCGGAAAAACCACAACUGCAUUGGCCAUUGCUCACCAGCUCUUUGGGCCUGAGCACUACAAGUCACGUGUUUUGGAGCUCAAUGCAAGUGAUGACCGUGGAAUAAAUGUUGUCCGGACUAAGAUCAAGGAUUUUGCCGCUGUAGCUGUGGAUACUAGACCACAUCAUGGGAAUUAUCCUUGUCCACCUUUCAAGAUCAUUAUCCUAGAUGAGGCAGAUUCGAUGACUGAAGACGCUCAGAAUGCCUUGAGGCGUACAAUGGAGACGUAUUCUAAAGUUACAAGAUUCUUCUUCAUAUGCAAUUACAUAAGCAGGAUUAUCGAGCCCCUUGCUUCCAGGUGUGCAAAGUUUAGGUUCAAGCCACUUUCAGAAGAAAUCAUGAGUGGUCGUAUACUGCAUAUCUGUAAGGAGGAAGGUAUCUACCUUGAUGAAAAGGCUGUUUCAACCUUGGGCUCCAUAUCACAAGGAGAUCUUCGCCGGGCAAUCACAUACUUGCAAGGAGCAGCUCGCUUGUAUGGGUCAUCGAUUUCAUCUGAUGACCUAAUUAACGUUUCUGGGGUUGUUCCCCAAAGUGCUGUUGAGUCAUUUCUCGCAGCUUGUAAAAGUGGCAACUUUGAUAAGGCAAAUAAAGAAGUCAGUAAUGUAAUAUCUGAUGGGUACCCAGUCUCUCAGAUGGUUUCCCAGUUAUUUGACGUGGUGGUCGAAGCUGAUGAUAUAUCAGAUGAACAGAAGGCUCGCAUAUGCAAAAACAUGGGCUCAGUAGAUAAGUGUCUAGUAGAUGGAGCCGAUGAGUACUUGCAGCUGCUAGAUGUUGCUAGCAACAUUAUCAAAGCCCUGCACAAUAUGCCAGAAGAGUUCUCUUACGAGUGUUAA